AUGUGUAAUUUACGGAUUAUUUUUUGCUUAUUUGUGAGCUUUUAUACGGUUCUUGCCGAAAAUUUAACGAGCAUUAGUGACAGCUUAGCAGUGGAAACAACUAUUCAUACAAUUAAAUCCCCAGCUUUACUACCGCCAGAAACAAAAAGUAAAACAGAAAAGCGUGAUUCUUCGGAUGAAAUAGGGCCAACAACUUUCCAGCUUAAAGAAGAUGAGUCCUUCAGACCAAUAACAAGCAAACCGUAUCAAAUAUUACAGCCUCGGCCGCAGCAACUUCCACCUUCACAGUUACCGAGCACUUUUCAGCCGACAACUGUACGUUAUAUAGCCGAGGAAGCGGCACCACAGGCGUAUUAUGACAGACCUCCGAAUUCAAAUCCAGUUUCUAUUACCACAACCGCGGGCCAUGCUUAUAGAGGACCAUUCAAGGAGCCCUAUCAGCUGCAUCUAGAGCAAUCACAUCCUCAGACAUUGCAGCAGCAAUCUCAGUACCAGCUGCCCCCACGUUAUAAUCAGCAGCAAUAUGUACAACCAGCAAAACAUUUGCCAAACUAUUCCACGCAGCCACCGAAUGCAGAUAUUAUACCAUUGGAAGGACCACUACAACUGCGACAGCAUGCGCCGGACCACCAAAGACAUAUUUACACUCAACAACGACAAGCUAAUCAAAAUGAGCAACAAAGACAGCCAAAUCAACAACCGCUAAUUCAAAAGCAAUUAGAGCAAAAACCGUCAUAUGCCGCUUUUGAAAGGCCCACACAUCCUCAAUAUCAACAACCUGCUCGACAGAAUCAUUACAUCAUUGCCAUACCGUUAUCGUAUGUAAGACAGCUACAAUAUCAAUCAGCAGCAGAGCAUGGACUAGCACCUGCGCCCGCACAACAACAGGUGGCAAUACCGUUGCCGUUGCCAACAUCGCAAGUCUCUCUACCGCCACUCCUUGUUUUACAGCCUACUCGAGUGGGCAGCGCCGGAAGCCCAUUAAAUCGCGAACACUUCCCCACACAAACGCCCACUCAAUAUGCUCCACAUGCACCGCCACAAUCGGACCCCGAGGCUGGUGCACAAGCCGCAGUUCCAUCAGCAUUGGCGCUGCAGCAAUUGCCAUUUGCAAUGAGUUUGAUUCUUAAAGAAAUAGCCCGAUCACGGCCGGCAGCGUAUCCCGCACCACAGCUCUUAUACGUGCAGCCGCAACUUAUUCGCCAUGCACCGCAACAACCUCAGGUCAAACAGCGUAAUCAGCUGCAACAUUACGCUCAAGCAUCGGAUCAAAAGCAACCGCAUGCCAUCGAUGAGCGCAACGCACAUCAGGCUCAGCAUAACUUUCAACCGCAACAGCAGCAGCAGCAUGAACGAAGCGUUCCCAGUGGCACGAAGCCAACAAUGAAACAGGCAUUAUCCUCGUCACACUCUACUGCAACUGACGCAGCAUCACCAUCGCCUUCAUCCCCACAAGUUCAGCAUGUGUCAACUGCAUCGGCAUUGCCCGUGGCACCUCCAGUAUACUUCUAUAACCCUGCUUAUGUGCAAGCAACACCGCCUGAGCAGCACCCAGUGUCUCCUUAUGCCAUUCCGGUGCAAUUUGGAGCAGCCCAACAUGCAGCAGCCGUAGUGAAAUUACCGUCACCCAGCGCAUUGUUUGCACCCCAAACUGUUUUAGCACCCCCCUACCACUCCGUACAGCCAUUGCAGUCACCACUCAAUGGGCCUGCUUCGUUAGUUGCAGCGAUAAGUCCACAAAAUGUCAUACUUACGAAAGCGCCUCUUCAACAGCCAGCAGUGUAUAUGACGCAGCAAAAUGCUGUGAACAGCAUUGGGCCAUCGUGGUCAGGUGCUGGGCUGCCUUACUUUAUUCAUCCAGCUGGCGUACACUACGGCACACAUCUUUAUAACCCCGGUACACCGUUGGUAAUUUCAAAGCGCCUGGAAAGUGAGGUAAAUGUUGUUGCUGAUAAACAACAGAGUCGUCAGCAUUUGCGGCCGGAACAGGAUAGGAAACUGCCACAACAACAAUUAGGCCCUCCAGUGACAAGUGGCGGUAAUAGCGACAAUAACGCCAUUGUUAAGUACCCGUAAAAUAGUAGACAUGUUGUUGGAAAGGUAUGUUGGAGCAGCUUAAACACUUUCCACCUACUAAUCUGUCGCUGGGCUGAUAAUACUAAAUGUAAAAACCAACAAAAAGUGCGGUUGAAU